CUUUUCUCAUCCUUUAUUUCAGUUCUUUGAAGGUUUUGCCUCCUCAUAUUUGCUUCCAUUCAAAUAGUUACUAAGGAAGAAAAAUUGUUCGUUCAAUUUAUUGCAAGAACAAAAAUUUUCUUGCUGUGAGUCAUUUCUGUUUCCAUAGGAACAAAUGAAGAAUCUAUGUUGAAAACCACAAAAUGUCAGUAGUGGAAUGGAUACCAAUUGGAACUCUUCUUACAUUGCUCACAGAUCAGGUUUUAGAAACCGCUGUAGCUGCAAGAGAUGUUCUUAUUGAGCAGAAGAGUUUCAAGUCUUUAUCAAAAUAUCUAUUUGAUAUAGAACCAGUUUUGAAGGAAUUGCAGCUUCGGGAGCUUAAUGACACUGAAACUGCAAGGCAGGCUUUACAAUUUCUCGAAGAAGAUGUUAAAAUGGCAAAGGACUUAGUAGACAAGUACAAAAACCGUUCCUGUUUCUAUUUGCUAGUAAAAUGCCGAUCAAUAGUAAAGGAGGUACAAGAUGUUACUAGGAAUAUUGGAAGAUCUCUAGCAGCAUUAUCUCUUGCAAGCACUGAAAUUCUUUCAGACAUAACAGAUAACAUAAAUAAGUUACAUGGAGAGAUGCAAAGAGCCGUGUUUGAGGCUUCUCAGUCACAGCUCAGAGUUGUUGAGAGGCUGGAGGAAGGUCUACGUGAGCAAAUAAGAGAUCAAGGGUUUGCAAACAUCAUGCUAGAAGAAAUAGCAAGAGCUGUAAGUGUGCCUGUGGAGCCUUCGGAGAUAAGUGAAGAGUUAGCGAGAUUGCGAAAUGAAAAGGAAGAAGCAGCUGAGCGUAAAGAAAGAGUGGAAGCACACUUUCUAGAGCAGGUUAUUGAGCUUUUAUCUCGUGCUGAUGCCGCAAAUAAUUUGGAGCAAAUCAGGAGUCAGUAUUACCGUCGAAUGGAGACUGCAGAAAAGUUUGUUUCUGGUGAAUACAUUCCGCCAUUGGAAGCAUUUCUUUGUCCUAUUGAGGGUACCGUGAUGGUUGAUCCUGUCAGUCUUUGUACUGGAACUACAUGUGAAAGAACGGCAAUCGAAGGUUGGCUUCAAAGUGGAAAUAUUACUGAUCCUGUCACAAACCAACCGCUUGAUGAAUUCACAAUUAGAAGUAACAUUCUUUUAAGACAAUCAAUAGAAGAGUGGAGAGAACUGAAUUAUUGCCUUAAAAUUAGAUCUGCCAAGUUGGGUUUCACUGAUGGUUCUGAUUCGGCUUGUGAAAGGUCUUUUGUCACAUUGCAAGAAAUUGUCAAAGAAAACAAAGUCAAUAAAGAUUGGAUUGCUAUUGAUGGCCUUAUUGAAGUAAUUCUUUCAUUUAUUGGGACCUCUCAUAAUAAAAACUUGAAGAGUAAAGCAUUGGUUACAUUGUUAGCCAUCACUGAACAGCACGAACAAAACAAGGAUAGGGUGGUUGAAGCAGGAGGAAUUGAUCACAUAGUACUCUGUUUGAGUCGUGGACAAAUUAUGUCAAAGCCUGCGAUUUCACUGCUGUUUGAGAUUCUUCAUGUCAGUACCAAGUGGAAUGAUUCUGUGUGUGGAAAGCUGAAACAACAUAAUAGUGUUGUUCUGUUUUUGGUGAUGCUAAUGAAAAGUACAGAUAGAGAAUCAGCCGAGAAAUCUGAAGCUAUACUAUUGAAGCUUUGUGAUGAUGAUGACGAAAUAGUUUCACGUGCGGCUGCUGCAAAUUGGUAUAUGCCGUUGAUUGACCGUCUCUGCAGAGGACCAGAAUCAUCAAGAAUAUGCAUGGCGAGAGUCAUCACAAAAUUGGAGUUGAUUGAUCAGAAUAUUCAACUUCUUGGCGAAGAAGGUGUUAUUCCUCCGUUAGUUGAAAUGGCAUCUGAAAAUCUUGAAUCCAAAGAAUUGGCUUUAUCUGCAUUGGCUAAACUCUCAAGCUGCCUUGAGAACAGAACACGUAUAAUCAGUGCUGCUGGACUUUGUUCUAUUCUUGAUCAGAUGUUUUCUUCAAACUCUCCCACAAUUAUCAUAGUUAAGUGCUCUGAAAUUCUCGAAAGGCUCUCAUCUGUAGAAAGCAUAGAGCUCUUUCUCGAUAACAAUGGUUUGCGACUUCAAUUAGAGCCGAUAGUAACCAAUUUGGUUGAGAUGCUUCAGAAAUCAUUUCUUUCUGCCAGAAUUAAAAAACCAGCAUUGCACAUACUUCUUAAUCUAUGCAAAUUUGGAGAAUUGCAUGCUGAGGAGAUGCCUGCUGCCUCUAUGGUUCUUCACUUGCUUGAAGCCCCAGACCGGGAAAUUCGAGAGGUAGCACUUAAGCUUAUUUAUCUUCUUGCUCGGUACAAACCAGAAGGCAUUUCAGAGUUCCUACUUGCCAAAAGAAUGCUCGAGACAUUCACUGCCUUCCUUGAUGAUGAAAACCGAGCAGAUUUGCAGAUAGCAGCAAUAGGUAUUUUGGCAUUUAUUCCAAAAUCUGAAGUGGCACUUACUCAAUGCAUGACAAACCUGGAAAUGCUGCCUCUGCUACUGAACAUUCUAAGAAAUGGCGCAAUGGAAGCCAAGGAAAACACACUUAGUGUUCUCUCAAGAUUCGUAGACCCUUCUGACAUCAAAAUGCAGCUUAUUGUAGCAAGAAUGGGGCUUUUCUCAUUGCUUGUGACUUUGCUUAUGUCUGGUAGUAUAGCAGCGAAGGCCCGAGCGGCCGCUUUGCUUGGUAACUUAUCAUUAAAUAGCUCAAAAUUAACAGUGCUGCCUGCUAAUACAGGAUGCUGGUGUUUCAGAAGACCGUCUGUUCCUGUUUGCAAACUGCAUGGUGGUAUCUGUGAUGCUACCUCCUCACUCUGCUUGAUACAAGCAAAUGCAUUACCGUCACUUGUUAAAUUAUUGCGAGAAGUGCAUGAUCAUGUUGCAACCUAUGAAACUCUUAAGACAUUGGGAACAUUAGUACAAGAAGAUGCACCAUAUCAAGGAGCGAAAGUUCUGCAUGAUGCCGGAGCCAUUGCUCCUAUGUUGGAUGUUUUCAAAUGGGGAUCAUCGGAUUUGAUAGAACUCGUUCUUGGGAUUCUUGAGAAAUUAUUUAAGGUUCAUGAGGUUGCUGAUUUUUAUUACUCUGAUGCUAAGAUGCCUCUUAUUGGUUUGUCGACAAGGAGCAAUGAAAAUGGAAUUCUUGGCUUGAAGGCUGCCAGUGUAUUGGCCGAGCUUGAGCGAUACUCAAAAUCAAGAUCCAUGCCACUUUUAGGUGCUUAAAGUAAGCAAAACUUGCCAUUAUCAUUUGUGAGAAAGAGGAAAAUAAUUUCACACAGAGAGAGUGUGGCUCAACUCUCCUGUAAGAAGGUAUGGAUUUUAUCUUAUUUUUAAACAUGAGUUUUUUCCUUAUUUGGAAGAUAAUUUGUAAUUAAAAUUUUGGUGUAAAUAGAGUGGAGUGGUAAAAAAAUUUGACUACCACGUGGAAGGUUGAUGGUUUGACUCCUUUUCCUUUUCUAUGCGUAGUUAAGAUAUAUAUCAAAUGUAUG